AAUUUUUCAGAGUAGCCAUGACUAAGACCAACCGGGUUGUGACUGAAACCCCUUACUUGGAUCAAAAACCCGGUACCUCUGGUCUCCGGAAGCCCGUGAAGACGGUUCAGCAGGUCCAUUACACCGAGAAAUUUAUCCAGAGCAUCCUAGAAACCGUGUGUGAACUUGAUCCGUCCAAUAGGAAGCUGCUUAUCGGGGGAGACGGUAGAUAUUACAAUAAUGUAGUUAUCCCGCUCAUUGUGAGAAUGGCUGCUGCUAACGGGUUCAAGGAACUGAUUAUCGGAAAAAAAGGGCUGUUCAGCACACCCGCUUGCUCCGCUUAUAUCAGGACCCAUAAAUGUGUUGGAGGGAUCAUUCUCACUGCUUCACAUAACCCAGGGGGCCCUGACGGAGACUUUGGGAUCAAAUAUAACGUGGCAAACGGGGGCCCAGCCCCUGAUAACGUGACUAAUGCCAUAUUCCAGAAAACUAAGACUAGAUCCUUCUACAACAUUCUUGAUCCAGUGGAUAUUUCCAUUAGUAAAAUCGGUAGAACAGUACUGGAAACCGACCAGGGUCAGGUUGUGGUGGAGGUAGUUGAUGGUGUUGCGUGUCAUGAAGAGCUAUUAGGAACGAUAUUUGAUCUACCUAAGAUUAAGGAUUACCUUCUUCAGAAUAACCUGUGCAUCACAGCGGACGCCAUGGCCGGUGUUAUGGGUUCCACUGUACACAGGAUAUUUGGAGAUAUUUUGGGGGUAGACUCCUCCCACUUGAUAAGGUGCACUCCUCUGCCUGAUUUCGGAGGGAGCCACCCUGAUCCUAACUUAGUUUAUGCCGCCGAAUUAGUGACCACAAUGGAGUCGGGGAAGUACGAAUUUGGGGUGGCAUUCGAUGGUGACGGUGACAGAAACAUGAUUCUUGGCAAGAACGGUUUUUUCGUGUCACCAAGUGAUAGCUUGGCUGUCAUCACUGCCAACUUGGACUGCAUCCCAUACUUCGUUGGUAAAACGUUUGCAGGCGUAGGCAGGAGUCUGCCAACAAGUGGAGCAGUAGAUCAAGUGGCUAAGAAACUCGGAUUUGCGAUCUACGAGACUCCCACGGGUUGGAAGUAUUUCGGUAGUCUGAUGGAUGCUGACAUGAUCUCACUGUGUGGAGAGGAGAGCUUUGGAACAGGAAGUAACCACAUUCGUGAGAAGGACGGUAUCUGGGCAGCUCUAGCCUGGCUCUCAAUUCUAGCUUCUCGACAGUGCAGUGUGGAAGAGAUUAUAAGGUCUCACUGGAAAGAAUACGGUAGACAUUUCUACUGCAGGCACGACUACGAAGCUCUCACCACUGAGCAAGGAGCUGCCGUUAUGGCAGCCGUCAACAACUACACUGCCCCUGACUGCUCAUUACCAGCUAUGGGGGUCACGGAGGUCAUAUCCUGUGUGAACUUCUCCUACACGGACCCUGUGAACGGGGACCGGGCACUGAACCAAGGGUUUGUUUUCACUUCUGUUACUGGGUCCAGGGUGAUUUUCCGUCUGUCCGGCACUGGUUCCAGUGGGGCUACUAUCCGGAUUUAUCUGGAGUACUACUCUACAUCUGAAGUUGAUGGAAACGCUCAGGAGAUCCUCAGUCCUCUGGUAGAGUUUGCUCUUCUUGUUAGUGACAUCAGAGCUCUUUCGGGGAGAGAGGCUCCGACCGUCAUCACGUAGGGUAUUUCUAGUUAUAAUAUGAGAACCGUUUGUUAUAAUUUAUGACUGGCGUUUCUUCGUCUGCAUGAUAGAUAUAAUUAAUCAAUUUUGUAAGUUUUGUAAUUUCGAAUUGAAUUUUUAGUAAAGUUUACAGGAUUUUUAGAUGAACUGUUUUACGAUUCAUGUAAUUUAUUACACUUUGCUGAGGUGCGAAACUGUCUCACAGCUUUUUAGUAAGGUUUCGGGAGUUUUAACAUGUUGCAAACAGAUAAUUACGUGAGCUGCGGGCAUACCCACUCUUUGAGGGGAACUGGUUAAACUUGGUCUGUUAAUUUAUUGUUUCUCCCAAAUCUACCUCUCCGUUAGAUGAGUGCAGGCACCAUUUAACUUUAUCGUAUUUUAUCACAAAAUUAACUCAACGAUCAUUCGAUUACUUAUUCAGAAGAUUGAUUAACUAGUGUUCUAAUAAUUUAUUGUUAUUUUGAUUUGAUUUCGAGAAUAUAUUUUUAGUGCAUGGCGGGGUUUCAUCGAUACUUUCCGAUUGUUAAUCUAAAGUUUACUGUAAAUUUUGGCAAGUUGUACAAGAG